AUGCUUGGAGAAUUCGUUGAUGACUAUACUAUCAACGUUCUGGAUGUCUUUGCGAUGCCUCAGAGUGGAACAAGUGUGACUGUGGAGUCUGUGGACCCUGUUUACCAGACGAAGCAUAUAGAUUUGCUGAAAUUAGAUUUGGAUGUUGGUUGUCUUCUGUCGACGUCAACACUCAACAAUCUUUUGAAGCUCUUCACCCACGGGCUAUGGCUGUCGUCGUGGGAUCCGAUUCGGAGUGUGAAGGGAAAAGUUAUGUUGGAUGCGUUCAGAUCAGUGAGCCCUCUCAACCUUCAUAUUCAUCCAUUGGCUCCAACAGCCGAACCCAGACAAACUACUUCCAAUCUGGGUCAUCUCACAAAGCCAUCAUUGAUUUCCGUGGUACAUGGUCUCGGAACAAAGUACUACUCUCUGAAUGUGGCCUACAAAAUGGGACCAAACGAACAAAAGAUGCUGAUGUGUUUGAAUAAGAAAAGUUGGUACAAUCAGUUGAAUAUGAGACAGUACUCGGAGUUGGAGAAAAGUCAAGAUGAGAAGUUUAAGAGUAUCAACAAGUUGAUUGCCGUUGUCAACAAAGAAAUUGAGGAGGUUAAGGAUAAGCCAAAGACUGACAGCAAGGAGAAACCAACAUCUGAAACCAAAUCAAAGAACCAAGAAGAUGUCAAGAAGUUCGGGAAGGUCAAUGCUUAA